UAUGUUUUCAUGUCAGAUGAAGAGGAUGAGACAUUACCAGCGAUAAAUUUGAACACUUCAACUGGACGUGAAGCAUUGUGGACGAAAACGAGACGGGCGAUGAAUUAUAUAUAUGAACGAUAUUAUGAUAAGUUCGACUGGUUUCUGAAAACCGAUGACGAUACCUAUGUGAUCAUGGAGAAUCUGAUGUAA